AUGACUGCAUCUUCAUUCUUCUCAGCCUCAUCACUGUACCCGAUCUUCAGGCCAGCGACCAAUCCCCUGCCUUCCCCAGGCCAGUUCCUGACUCUAAGCAGUGCAGUUCCUCUCUUUGCUCUUCUGAUGUUGUCAGUGUCUUCUGCAGUUCUGCAGGCCUAUGACCAUCUUCUUCCUGCUCACACAAUCUCUGAUCAGGCAUAUGUGAAUAUGCCUAAGUUCUCUAUCAAUGAUUCUCACACUGCAGCGCAUUUCUGCAAUUUCAUUAUCAAUGAGAGAUGA